CUGACUGCGCGCGCCCCCGACCAUCGAUUUUAUCACACCAACGAUACCUACCGAUCGCGGGGCAAAGUUGUCCUAUUGAGUCCUCUGGCUUUUACGCUAUGUUGUUAUAUAUUUAUAUUUAUGGUCCACUUCUCGAUCACCUCUUCUCAUUAGUGUUUUUUUGACUCGUGUUUGUUCGUCGCGCAAGUGUUAGGGUUUCAAGUGACUGAUGAACACGUUCGACCGCCUAUUUUCUCCACCAAUGGACAGAGCGGAAAGUGCCGAACGUGGUGUCUUUGCCUCAUUCACGGAAUCGAGGCAACGAUGAGUUAUAGACGUGGCAAGCUAGUUAUUAAAUAUAUUAGGUGUCUCCUGGAAAAUGGAGCAGGACAAGCCGGGAAAUGCGAAGAAAGAAAAGUUAGAAGUGUUGGCGCCGUUCGCGUCCCUGGAGGACUUGAGCCCGGAGAGUCCCUUGGCCGAGCACUUCGCCCCUUCGCUGCCGCAGAUCCCGGAGGAGCAGAAGAAGAUGAGCUCCACGGCCUCCGUUGCCGCCUCCACGGCGACCCCCGCCCCUCCCCCCGGCUCCAACAAUAACAACAACAGCUUGGGCAUCAGCUCCACGCCGAGGAUCGAUAUAUCGAGGGCCAGCAGCUCCUCGCACCAGGACGACAGCAGCCCGGAGAGGGAGCUCUUUGGAGAGAAAUCAGGGGACGGAUCCAACGGGGUAAAACUAGGACUUGGCUUUUCGGAGGAGAUGGCGGCCGAAUUACGUAGCAGCACGGAGGAACUAGAUUUUCAAGAUCCGAACGAAAUUAAAAGAAGGCGAUCAACAUUACAAACUCAACAAGCGAUCUUCGAUCCAAGCGAGAGGAAGGACUCAACAUGCAGCGUGGACUUCGGAUUCCUAUCAAUAAGCGGGAGGCAAAGCAGACUGUCGUCCAUCGGUUCUGGCGGUUCCGCAGCGUCAGGAGGUUCCCACUACUCGGCCGCAUCGCACUACUCAAACGCUUCGCACCUGAGCGCCAUGUCGAACCUCUCGAAGGCCUCGCGCGGUUCCUCGCCGCACCGGAUGCUGGUGGAGACCUCGUUCUGCGGCCCGAAACCCCUCGCCAACCCAGCUCCAGCAACAGCACCCCCCGCGAAGCCACCCGAGGCCGCCGCCGAGAACAAGCUGGUGGUGAUGAAGUCCAACUGGGUCGGGCGGAGUCACUCGGCCGGGAGCGCGGACACGAGGGAGCGGCAGGCCCGCAAGGAGGAGAAGGAGCACCGGCGGCACCGCAGCGUCACGCCCAAGAUCGACGACCCCAAGACCCAGCGCUUCGUCUCCCUCUUCAGCGAGGACUCCGUCGACAACAGCGCCGAGGCCUUCGCCGCCCACACCGCCGCCGCCGCCGCCUCCAGGGCUCCGCCUAAGUUCGAGAAUAGUGAUCUCGUCAAGUUUGUUUCUCUUUACGGCACCUCCACCGAGUCGGCCAACGGCGUGCCGCCUCCUCAAGGGCCGGCUCAAGGUCAAAGUCAAGGUCAACCCCAGGCUCAACCCCAAGCGGCGAGUCAGAAGAACCAAGGCCACGCGCAGGUGGGUCACGCGGGUCACCGGGUGACGCGGCCGAUCCCGGUGCCGUGCCCGAAGGUCCCGACGCCGGCCGAGCGGGAGAAGCAGCGGGAGAAGGAGAAACAGGAGCUCCAGAACUUCAGCUCGGAGAUCAAGUACAUGAAGCCGUUCACGAACAAGACGCUCAAGAACUUCAUAGCCAACGGAAACGGGAGCGGCGGGCAGACGGCGUCGUCCAAGAUGAAGAUGAUCCAGUACGACAAGGACGCCAAACACCUCUUCAUCUCGCUCAAGGAGGACAAAGUCGAGAAGCUGCCCGACUUCCCCUCCGCCGCGAACGGCACCGCCUCCUCCGCUACUGCCAUCCCCGCCAUUGGACUCGAGCCGGCCUCGCCUCCAGGGGAAAAGAAAACAACAAUGGAAAUCGACAACAAAACCCAAAUCUUCAUCUCCCUCCACGAGGACCCGCCCGGCUGGACACCCCCUAGCCGGACGCAACACAUCAGCCCGGCACCCUCCCUCCAAUCCCGGCGAUCUCGAACCCCCGAACUCGACGCCGAGCCACUCCGAGCACCCAGCCGGGAUCGAAGCCGGGAUAGCAGGGAUCGUAGCCGGGACAGCAGGGACCGAAGCCGCGACAGCCGCCGAGAGAGCAGGGACAACGAGCCGCUGGUGAAGAUCAUCCCCCUCCACGCCGGCGACGACGACGAUGAGGACAGUAAUCGUCUGAGGGUGGUCAACUACGCGGCCGGCUCCGAGAUCAGGAGCCUCCCGUCUAUACCGCUCUAUUCGUUGGACAUCGAGAGUGGUGCUAAGGUCUACACGCUGGAUUUGAAUAAUUAUGCGGACUCGAGGCCGGCCAGGAGCAUGUCCCAGCUCAGGGAGGCCACCAGGACGCCCAGCCCUUCCAGCAAGUAUAACUUCUUCCGUAGGAACUCUGAGUCCGCCAAGGGAUGCAGAGCUAAAUCAGAUAGCGGCUCCCGAUCGAGAAAAUCUUCCAUUUUUGGGAUUUUUAAAAGAAGCAAUAGCAUAAGGAGUAAUAAAUCUAGAUCGCCUAGCAUAGAACCCUCUAUCUCAAACACCGACUUCAAUUACAAGCAAUCACAAUUACAUUCCCAUUCGCAAUCACAAUCACAAACGAAACGGUAUAACGAUACAGCGGACACGAUCAUCAUCCCGCUGCACUCGCCGGACAGUGACGGCAAAGCGCCGGUCAGUAUUUGCGGCUCCACGAAUCCAGCCGAGGAGUGUGACAUCCGGCCGGCAUCUGAGUUCGAAACGCCUUCAAAGAGUCAAUCAGGCCACCGAGCCGACACGAGCGUCCAGUCGCCCGCCUCUAUACCCAACAGCGACUCCAUGGCCUCCGGCGACGAGAACAAGGGUCGCCAGAAUAUUACCACCACCGCUGAAAUAGUCACUCAUUCCGAAGAUGCAUUAGGAAAGUUGAAACGGCACGAUUCGAGAAGGAGCAGCGAGGAAACAUCUCAGGGACAAUAUUUUACGGAGCCAAUCGAGGAACCGAUCGUAGAGCGGAAAGUAAUCGCCGAGUCAACCAGCACCGAGUCACCGUUGACGCGAUCGAGGAGCAACGAACUCAAAAGAAUCAAACGCGAGUCGAUGGAGAAGCUGAAACGAAUCGACAGCACGACCUUACCGGAAAGGGACGAGCUCCCCGCCAUGCAGGAAACGGAAGUCCCGGAGGUUAGACCGGAAACUCCCGCGGGUGGACCCGUGGACAUGCCUGUGGGGGAACCAGAAGUUCUGCCGCAAGUCCAGGAAACGGAGUCUGGAGAUUCGGAAUUCCGGCGGUCGAAACGCGGGAAAUCGGAGGAUAGACGACGGCGAGAAAGUUCCAGGAGUCGAGGAGAGGAACAUUCCGAAAGGAGGAAAAGUAGGGAAGAACACUCUGAACGAAGGAAAAGCAGGGGCGAGCACUCUGAAAGGAGGAAAAGCAAAGAGGAGUCCCUGGAAUCCAGGAGGAGUAGGAAAGAACACUCACAUUCGAGGAAAAGCAGGGAAGAUUCCUCCGAUUCGAGACAUAGUAGGGAGGAAUCCGCCGAUUCGAGGAAAAGUAAGGAGGAAACCUCUGACAGGCGGAAAAGUAGGGACGAGUCUUUCGAUAGGAGGAAAAGUAGGGAGGAAUUCUUCGAGUGUAUGAGAACUAAAACAGAGUCUCCACCGAUUCGAGAUGAAUUCGCUGAAAGGAGGAGAAGUAGGGAAGAAUCGACUGAAAGGUUAAAGAGUAAAAUAGAGGGUUUGGAAAGCAGGAUUAGCAGAGAGGCGUCCGCCGAAAGGGGGAGCAGUAGAGCGGCGUCCUCUGAAAGGACGAAAAGUAGAGAGGAGCCUCCCAACUUAAAAAGUAGUAGGGAAGAAAGGGAUGAUCUUAAGUCCAGUAAGGAGGACGCGGAUGAACCCAAGUCGAAAUCUUCUGAGUCGGGCAGCGAAAUUAAUCUGAAAAUGGAGGAUGCCGGUGAUGACAUCGAGAAGAAGAGCUUGGUCAAUCAGCCUGAAUCCCUGGAGGACGAGCUCCCUUACGUACCCACAACACUUCCUCUUGAAAGGUCUGUCGGACUGCCAAUCGUUCCCGUGAAACAGAGAGCGGGCGACUUGGUGAAAACGUGCCCGAUCGACCGCCCCCGCUCAACGACCCCCCUGACCCCCGCCUCACUGGACAUGUUCUGUGCCUCCAGCUCACCCAUCACCUCACCGAUGCCUGACAAAUUACUCAUCGUUCUCCCCGGGGUGGACCUCUCGUGCGAGAAAGUGAGGGUGCGGUCCCCGUCGCAGCCAAGCUCCUGGCAGGAACUAGCCGAGCAAGUACAGAGCAAUUCUCGGCGCGCCUCAAGCGCCUCCACGUCACCACCACCCCUCCCGCCACGCAUGUCCACAUUCCACCCUACGCGACCGGCGCCCAUGUCGGCGCCCCCCAUCCCUUCCCCCGCUCCAUGGGUCUCCUUCGAGGAGAUGGCCGAGAGGCGGCGCUCGCCCAAGAAGAUCACCACGCUCCCGGCCCGCCACUCGCCGGCCACCGGGGCUUCCAGGAGUCGUAGCCGGAGUCGCAACCACAGUCACAACGUCAACUCUGCCGCAGGAACGGGAUCGGGGGCAGGGUCGACAACCGUUUAUAACUAUGUAAACCCGGAGGACUGCAGCUGCGAGUGCCACGAUUCCCGUAUUCCAGUAGACAAGAAACAGACCCCCGGACACAGCUAAUGGAUCGCUGGAUAAGGUUAGGUUUCAAAAAUCACAUACAGAUAUGUAAAGAAUCAAACACCACAGUUUGCGGUUUUACUCGAGAAUUUUCAUGUCCGACCUCUCUGGUGGACUCGAUAUACCGUGUGCCGCUCCUAGUUGAUUUGCAUGCCGUAAAUGAGAACCACAGCUAAUUUUUGGAACUAGUUCCAAAUCAUGAAAUAAAGGAACGGCUCCAGUGAAGAUGCUUACAUUGGUUGCAAAAGUGGAACCGGUUCUAGAACUGGCUUAAAAUUUCAUCGCUCGGAUCGCUUCUCAUCAACUUAAAAAAGGAUGCUUCCCAGCCAAAUUGUUUCUUACAGAGAGCGGCACUGGUACACGUGGAGGACUGUCACGUCGUCUCUGGAUGAUAUGUUUUUCCUUCUUUAAAUUUUCAUUCCAUUAGCAAUCUUCAGUAUAACUAAAGUUCCUUAAAAAUUUAACAGAAAAUAAUGUGAAAUUCUAAAAAAUAUAUUUGAUGCUAGUUGAACCUGAGAAAUUGCAUUCACUAUUCGAACCUCCAUGGACUCACCGAGACUGCUUGGAAAUCACACGAAGAAUAAUUUAAAGAUGAAUAACCAAUAAAGUAAUAAUAAUGAUGUUCGGAUGAAUGAACUGAAUCUGUUGUUUCCCUUCGAUUUGAUUUGCAAACUUUCUUGCCGGUGAAUAAUUCUCUUUAAAUGUAUCAUGAAAGAGACGUCACAUCGUCUCGAGCAGAAGUUUGUGUAAGACAUUGAAGUCCUUGUUAUAAUUAUGUACAUUUACUUUGUUGUAAAAUCGUUUGCACAAAUUUCCGGAGCACCCUCCUCAGUGAAGACCCCUAAAUAUAUACUUCGUCGAAUGUAUUUUCUCUUUGACGAAAUGUUAGGUAUUUUCUCUUUCUUUUUUUCCGACUGUAUUUGAUGCUUGUCUUUCAACUUUUGAUUGUUUUUUUUUUAGAGAUGCUAUCUCGUGUAGGUAAAUACCCAUACACACAGACGGCAUUGCGUAAUAGUCGUUUUCUGAACGGAAGAACGUAACUGGAUUCCAACGUUGCAAAAUUUCUAUUGGCAAUUUCCAAGUUUACAGUUGAGUGUUUUUAACUGAAAACACUAACUUUUUCUCUCAUUAUUUGAAAAAAAUUGGCACCGUUUUGGAC